UUCAUUUAAAUGAGUUUAUUAAGGUCUAGUUUCAAGUUGCUUGCUAAAGUAUUUUAAGUUUGGAAUAACACGUGGAAAAUGUUGCAUUCUACAAAGUUUUAACAUUAUAAUAGUCCUACCCCUUUCCAGAUAGCAAUUUUGCUACUAAAUAUGUCGACUUAGAUCCACUGUGGUCUUUUGUAUCCAUGUUAAGUUAAACCAACCCAUCAGAGUUAGGAACCUUUCCAUUGGUUGUUCAAAUCUUUGAAGUUGAAUGCUCUGCUAGUCAACAACUCAGCACACUCAAACUAGGAAGUACAUAUUUGACAACAACUCCACAUGCACAGCUACCAUUCAACGUAACUACAUUACAAGGUUACAAACUAUCAGGCUUUAUCUUCCCUUUUUCCAUCAGAACCAACCAAUACCUUCCCCAACAGUCAUGGAGAUCUCUUGGGAGGAAAGCGUCACCUAUUCUAUCAACACUAUUUACCUUCUAUUUUCUGCUUAUUUAGUAUUUGUUAUGCAGCUUGGCUUUGCCAUGCUCUGUGCCGGUUCAGUCCGGGCCAAGAAUGCUAUGAAUAUUAUGCUCACAAAUGUCGUAGAUGCGGUUGUUGGUAGCAUCUCUUACUACCUCUUUGGCUUUGCCUUUGCAUUUGGUGAUACCUCCAACCCUUUUAUUGGCACAAACUUCUUUGCUCUCAAGGAUAUACCAAACACUUCGUAUGACUAUUCUUUCUUUCUUUAUCAAUGGGCUUUUGCUAUUGCAGUUGCUGGAAUUACUAGCGGGUCAAUAGCUGAGCGAACCCAGUUCAGUGCUUAUCUGGUUUUCUCGUUUUUCCUUACUGGGUUCGUUUAUCCUGUUGUGGUUCAUUGGGUUUGGUCAUCUAGCGGUUGGCUCAGUGCCAGUUCAACCAAUAUGCUGUUUGCUUCUGGUGCUAUUGAUUUUGCAGGAAGCGGGGUAGUGCAUUUGGUAGGUGCUGUUGCAGGGCUUUGGGGAUCUUUCAUAGAAGGUCCAAGAGUGGGCCGGUUCGAUGCAUUUGGCAAGCCUAUGUCAAUGCGUGGGCAUAAUGCAACUCUUGUGGUUCUUGGGACAUUUUUGUUGUGGUUUGGAUGGUUUGGGUUCAAUCCAGGCUCAUUUGAUAAGAUUCUUGUAGCCUAUCCUAGUACAACCGAUCAAGGAAACUGGACGUCGGUUGGCAGGACGGCAGUUACCACCACAUUAGCAGGAUCGACAGCCGGAAUAAUAACGCUGUUCGGCAGGAGGCUACUAGUGGGCCAUUGGGAUGCACUUGACGUCUGCAAUGGAGUGCUAGGGGGGUUCGUUGCAAUCACAUCAGGCUGCUCAGUGGUGGAGCCAUGGGCUGCUAUCGUUUGUGGCUUUUUUGCAGCCUGGGUCUUGAUUGGGUUAAAUAUCCUGGCAUUGAAAUUGAAUUUUGAUGACCCAUUAGAGGCUGUCCAAUUGCAUGGGGGAUGUGGUGCUUGGGGUUUGAUUUUUACUGGAUUGUUCGCCAAAGAGGAGUUUGUGAUUCAAGCCUACAACUCGGGAGAAAGUGGAGUGACACGACCCUACGGUUUGUUCAUGGGUGGGGGCUGGGGCCUGCUUGGAUGCCAAGUGAUCGAGGUUUUGGUGAUUGUGACCUGGGUAAGCCUGACAAUGGGCCCUCUCUUCUAUGCUCUUCAUCAACUAGGAAUCCUGAGAAUAUCUGUCGAGGAGGAAAUUGCAGGACUAGACAUUUCCAGCCAUGGAGGAUACGCCUAUAAUGCUAACCAGGAAGAAAAUCAACCUCGUUUCUAUGCGGAUUAUAUGAGAAUGCAAAAUCAGUCAUAAGCUUGCCAGCC